CUUGAAGAAUCUGUUGCUAAUGUUUUGGAGCCGGAUAUCACGAGGCACCUCCAGGGGUUUUACAGAGUCUGUCCCUCGGCGGGUGGACGCUGUUUUUGUGGCACACUGAGGACCAACGGCAUGGGCAGGUGGUCUGGAUGUUUUGGAUAAUUGGUGUACAUGCAUGUUACAUGAUAUAGGAAUACAUACAGAACGUAAAUUGCAUACAUGCACAUUCACACGAACCGGAACGCGUGUAUCCGUUUAUUUAAUAUGUAUUGUAGGGGACAUGCAAAAGGCACGACACGUGAGGGAGGAUAUUUAACGCAAGUUUCCUUACGUUUUUUUGAGACGUUACUCUAUCGGUGUUCAAAACUAACCUCGCUAAUGACAGCCACAAUAGCGCAGAGAUACCACUGGAUGGCACCUGUGUCACUUGGAGGAAAUACACAGAUACUCUAUUCUCUCUCUCUAGCGCGCUCUCUCUUUUUCCUGUCAUCUCAUACGCCCAGUUGAGACUGUAAACAUUCCGUUGUUCGCCGGAGUACGGCCAGCCUGCACAUUGCAUCCGAAAGAAGCGGAACCCCACACUAUGCCAAAACGUCUGGAUUUAUUUUGAAGGUGGAUAUGGCUUCGUUGCGAAUGGUCGUCAAACCUGUCAGAGUUUUCGGAUGUAACGUGCCCUUCCACUCCGCACUCAAUACAACUCUUUCUCCGGUUACGUUACUUCAGAAGACUCUGCCAAGGCAACCACAAUGGAGACGGCAGCAGUAUUUCUUCUGUAGUACAUCGACGCCCUCUAGUGAUGUGUGUGUCCAGUAUAGGCACGACCGGGUGGUGCUCGAGGUGACGCUGCCCUCCAGACAGGAGCGAUGUCAGUUCUUCCUGCGGCCCGUCGUCAUGACGGCGGGAGAGCUGCUGUCUGAGCUGCAGAGGGAGGACCCCGGGGUCACAGCCAGACUGCUCACCAAGGAUGGAGAGAAGGUGUCUUCCAGCACUCUGAUGGAAACCCUGCUGAGACAAGACUUCCAGCUGCUCAUCAAUGGGGCUGUCCACCUGGUCCAGCCCCCUCCCCCCCCAGGGGCUGUGUGCAGUGAGCGUGUCCUGGGCUGCGAGGACAUGAAGCACCUGGUCCACAGGCUCCACUCAGCCCUGCACCUGUCAGAGCACCAGCAGCUGCAAGAGAGAAACCUGCUGGAGAGACUAGACCAGCUCCAGCAGAAACUCUGCCCCCUAGAGGAGAUGAAGGUCCAGAUCGCGGGCAGGGCUGAGUCCCAGGCCUCGCGGGCCCUGUGGGGGGGCCUGGCCCUGCUGUCGGUGCAGGGCGGGGCCCUGGCCUGGCUCACCUGGUGGGUGUACUCCUGGGACGUGAUGGAGCCUGUCACCUACUUCCUCACCUACGCCACCAGCAUGGCUGUGUUCUCCUACUUUGUCCUCACCAAGCAGGACUAUGUGUAUCCUGAUGCCAAAGACAGGAAGUUCCUGCAUUACUUCUACAGAGGAGCCAAGAGGCAUGGCUUCGAUGUGGAACGCUACAACCAGCUGACAGAGCAGCUUGUUCGGGUGAAAGACGACUUGAGACGUCUAAGAAAUCCAACCCAACUGCAGCUACCAGUGGAACAGCUCCAGACCAAGCCAUGAAGACACACACACACAAUAUAAACCCUAACACACACACACACACAGAAUACAUAAACCCUAACACACACACACACACAGAAGACAUAAACCCUAACACACAGAAUAUGAGACUGAAGCUCAUUUAUUUCUCUUUAUUUUGAUAAUGGUGCCUUUUAUUACUGGUCCUGCAAAUCAUUUUGUGUUUUGUUUACAAUUGAAGGAAACUAAAGUAUUUAAAUAAAAAUGUGACUGCAUUUCCUGUGUACCGUAUGUUCUGUACCCCGGUGUUUGUGUGGAUUGUUCUGGAUCAAUGUAAAAAAAAAAAAAAUGAAUUCCAUAAAUCUUUUUUUUUAUUUUUUAUUGCACUUCAAUCCAGAAGUUUCUUUAAAUGAUGGAGAACCCCAAACCACCUCACCCACAACACAAAACAAACACGACUGGAAAAGAACCAGGAAAACACCGCUCCCUCUGUCAGGUCUAUAAAAGUGUAUAAAACUCAUCACCCCUAAAGAAACUAGCGUUACACUGUGGUCAUCUGUGACUGGUCAACAAAUCUCCCUCUUUCGGUCCCCUCACAAAAAUAUAAUACAAAGUGUCCAGCACCUUCUAAGUGACUUAACUGUUGCUCGUGUGCUGACAUCUUUAGUGUUGUGUCCUAUGAUUUAAACAUUUGAAUAAAAACAGAUGACCUGAUUUGGUCAUUGUCUGUCACGUUAUAAUGGUAAAGUAACCUGAGUUUGUCAGUUCAUGUUAAACAAACGCACCUGUAUGUCUGUCACUCCUUACAGCUUGUAACUAAACAGGUUUUACAGUACUUAAUACACAACUCGCUGGCAACAAGAGUUGUCACGCUACAAACCAUAAGGACGAAGGAAUUGGUCGUCGAAAGACAAUUAAGACGCUUUGUCGAUUUAUUUAAACGAUGGCACUAGGGGUUCUGCUCUGGGGACUGGGACUGUGUGUUUUGGGCUUCCUGAGUUUUGUGUUGGACCAUGUGACAGGUCCCUCAGGCAGCCUCCUACUUUUCGUACCAGAGUUGUUCUGCAGUGCUAGGCUGGGGUACGAAACAGGUGCACACAGCUAACAUUGGAACAGUAGACGGUUAGCUGCAUCACAUCGAAAUACAAACACAGCGACAUUAAGUCCUUUUUCUGACAUCCCAGAGGGUCCAGGGAAUGUGUGUGACAUGAUGAUUUCAUCUGUCAUUAGAAGAAAGGUCUGCUCUUUCAGGUCAGGUCAGAUCAACUCUCAUCAGGCAUACCAUUCAUCUGAAACAGCUGUUGCAGUGAGACUGUCUGCUCUCUCUAGCAGGUGAAAGCGACACAUUCCACUGGCUGCUUUGAGGAAAUCUACAGGAAAAACUGGUUGAACGAGGAAGUCGUCUUAAAGGGUAAAACGGACACAAUGGUCAAUGUUCACCCCCACCGGGAGUCGAACUUGCCACCUCUCGACUUCCAAGCGCAACCACUACCAGCCACGCCAACGAAAAGCUAGCCAUAAAUCGAUGCGGGUGGCCUGUUACAUACCUGAGGAGUGAGUUUCACCGACUACACCGGCUACACAUAUACGAUAUGUGACAGGACUAUUUAAGCGGUAAACAUGUUAUUCUUAAGGCUUUUCACCGCACUUAGCCCAGGCCUAAGAGCAUUCUUUCAACCUUCCAAGCCCCAGGCUAACAAAGCGUUCACACUGGCACCAUCCUGGCACAUUCCCAAGUGGACUAACCCUGACUUUAGCCUCGGGAUUUCCUGCUUUGGCGCAGGGUUAGCCCGAAGUUUGCGGGGUUAUCUGCUGUAAAUCGACUAAACAGGGGGCUAAACGGUACCAGUGUGACAUGGGACUAACCCAGGGUCAACUCUGGGCCUAGAGCUAGGGUUAGCCCUGGACUGAGAAUAAACAAUUAACCCUAACCCAGUUAUAACUUUCAUUCCAAUGUGAUGACAUAACUAUAGUCUCCCCAAGCAGAAACAAUUGAUAGGUGAUUGGUUAUGAUUGUUAAGUAUUCAACAGAAAUACAAAUUUAUAAACAAGCUUAAAAA